GCAUGAUCAUGGACUCGGACUCAGAUGAUGAUGUGUUCAACAUGGACGCCGUGGUACUGACUGCAGACGAAGAUGAGGACGUGUUAAGUGAAGGUGACAUCCUCAAAGAAGCGGAACUGGCGGUCAUUGACUCCAACUCUGUGCGGAUCGAACAGCUGCAAACGCAAACCGCGAACGCACGCUCGCACGCGACACUUGACUUGGCACUGCUGCUCAGUCGAGGCGAAUACGCCGAUGUCGUGCGCCAUGAAUCUGUCCAAUCUCUGUGGAAAUCCCUCGGAGAUGCUGUCCGACGCCUUGGCUUGACGACCAAGCAUCCGUGCACGCGUAUCACCCAAGCACUUGAAGAAGUUUUCGUCGCCGACCCGUCCAACAUGCAACCGCUGUCGUACACUGUCUUGUUCGCUGGUGCUGCCUUCUUGAAUUUGUUUGUGCAACUGAACUACACGGGCCCUGCCAUGGAAGACGCGGCGUUGGCCGACCUCUUGCCGAUGUUGCACGUCCUGCUCGAUGACUCGACGGUGGAGGCCACCAAGAGUACGCUUCACAGCCACGCCCUCGUGUCGCUCCAGGUCGAUGGAGAAAGUCCGUUUAGCAUUUGCGAGUACCCAGUGUUCUUGGAAACCGCGCGGUGCCUUCUCCACUUUGUUGGGUUACAGUCCAAGGUGAACUGGACCCAUUCCGAAUCCGACGAUCACAUCACAAAGCCCACGCCGCUCGCCAACUUCCUCCGUCGGCCUCGCACCGUGCAUGGCAUGGCUCGGCCAUUGAAUCCCCAAGUGACGGCGGCACUCUUGGCCUUGUCCACUGGAGCGUGGUGGACUGGCCGCAGCCUCAUGACCCACCAGCGCCUGCUCAUCACGAAAGAACCGUCCAACACACUGUGGACCGAGACGCAGUUGUGUUUUUCUGUGGUGGUGGGCCGUUCGUAUCCGUCCGACACGUACCUCAGCGCGCGCGCCAAGUUGGAGUGGGGACUCGCCCAACACGUGUUUGAAAUCCAGGGCAAGGGGCGCGCCAGCUUUGACGACGCGAUGACCGCCAGUGGACUCACGGUGCAAAUGUCUGGGUCUAUGGGCAAGCGCACCAAGUACCAGGUGAAGAGCGUCGCCCAGAUGGUGCUGCAUGCAACGUCCAGGGUCGAAAACGUCGCGGCCGCGUCGGCGUCGGCGCUUGCGGAAGCGCAGACCACCCACGUGGACUUUGGAGGCCAAAGCAGCGGCGAAAUGGAGGAGGCUAAAGAAGAAGAAGGGGAUCCCCUCUCGUUUGAAGAUCAACUGGUCGCGGACGGCAAAGCGGCGUACCGCAACAUCACGCGGGACCAAGCCGACCCAGACAACAUCUUGCUCGAACAUGUCGCGUUUGAAGACGGCGCCGCCGCGUCCGACUCUAACCUGCAAGUGAUCGAUCAAGCGAUUUUGCUGUCGCUGUGCUUGGACGUCAAGAACAACAACCCUGCCGACGGACUCACAUCCGAGCAAAUGAUGCCAUACCUAACUCGUGUACUGGCCAACCCAAACAACUGGAUGGUGUACUCGACGGGGUUACUUGAACGCGCAUGGCUCGAGUGCGAAACCCAGAGAUCCCGCGAACGCGCCAUCUUGCAAAUGCAAGCGCUGGUGGACCAACACACCACCCGCCUCACGAUCACGCAGACGUCGCUCAAAGCCAUCCAGGACGCCGCGCCAGCCCACGAACGAUUGGCGUACGUGUACUCGGUCAUAUUUCCACCUCGGUACGAGUUGAAGCGGGACCUCGCCGACCGGUACUUGAGCUGCGGGGUAUUUGCCAGCGCCCUCGCGACCUUUCAAGAGCUGGAAAUGUGGGACGAGGUCGUCCAGUGCUUCCAGCUACUGGACCAACCCAAGCGCGCCGAAGCGCUCGUGCGGGAACGUCUGGCGGUCGCGCCGACGCCGCUCAUGUGGUGUUGCCUCGGCGAUUUAACUGAGGACGUCGCGCACUAUGAGACGGCGUGGGAGGUAUCCAAGCACCGGUUUGCCCGGGCCAAGCGGACGUGGGGCCGCAAGAUGUUUGAGCAGCACAAGAUCGACGAAGCGAUCGGCCACUUCCAGGACGCCGUGCGCGUCGCCCCCAUGUACACACAGGCGUGGUUCUUCCUCGGGUCGCUCUCCAUGCGGACGGAGGACUGGCCCACGGCCGUGCAGGCGUUCACCCGCGUGGUGCAGCUGUCCCCCGACGACGGCGAAGCGUGGGGCAACUUGGGCUCGAUCCACUUGCGUCUGCGCCAGCACAACGAAGCAUUCAAUGCGUUUCAAGAAGCGCUCAAGCAACGACGGACGCUGUGGCAAAUGUGGGAGAACUUUGUGCUAUGCGCCAUGCAAGUGCACAAGUUUGGAGACGCUAUGUACGCGAUGCACCAACUGCUGGACCUGCGCGACAAACACAAGCGCCCAGUGGACCACGAGAUGCUCGCGUGGCUCGUCGAAGCGAUCGUGUACCCCCAAGCGGAUGCAAUUGCCGACGAUGGCGGCGAAAACGAAGCUGCAACCAUCGACAUGCACGCCGUCUACCCCUUGGAUGACGAUGACAAUGAUAAUGGUGUUGUCACGCGUGCGCCGACCGCCGCGUCGGACGCAAACUACAAGGCCCAACUCGCCAAGCUGCUCGGGCGCACCACGUCCAUCGUUACCAACAACCCCAAAGUAUGGCAAGUGUACGCUCACUUUCAUGACGGAUGUGGACACAAAGCCAAGGCCCUCGAGUGCCGGUUAAAGGAGUGUCGCGCGCUGCAGAAGGCGGGGUGGGACAAAAACCAACACGACGUCGAGCUCCUCUGCCGAGCAGCCAAGCGCUUGUCCGCCAGCUACAUUGAGGACGGAUCCAAAGCGUCCCUGCAUGCCUGUCGCCUCUACCUCCGUGGCGUGGUCAAGAAAUCGCAAGUCGAUUUUACCGACAAUCCCGACGUCCAAGACCUCCAACGCGUGUUGUACCAGCUCGAAACAUUAGAAGCCCAAGCAAACUAACACAGGAAGAAAUAUAUGACAAACGUUAUUGUGCUUUCGA